AUGGCAGACACAUGCGACUAUGCCUCUUUUCUCCAGACUGACGUCCGGAAGACUCAAGUCGAAGUCGAGACGAAGCUUCUGGAUGGGUUUCCUCUCAAGUCCCAGCUUGGCGAAUGGUUGACCAAGUAUGGAGUCAGCAGUGUAUAUGUUGGCCUGAUCCUGAUCGUCAUUUGCCUUUGGCUGUUUGGCUUGCCUGCGAAGGCCCCGCAGCAUGCAAGCGUGCAGAAAAGCUAUCCGAGGGGUUGUGUGAUAUUCCUCGGGAUUGUGUACACCCUCACUUUCUUCACGAUCGAUCAAUAUGUGCCCAGCUUCCCACAGAUGGAAAAGGAUUUGUCUGGAAGCCAAAGCCUGAUGAGCCUCACGGUGCAGCUAAAUUUCAUCGUCAAGGCGGCCUUUGGGCUUCUGACCGCUGGCCUCUCUGAUCGGAUCGGCCGCCGACCUGUCCUGAUCACGAGUAUGAUCGUUCUUUGUUUCGGAAGCUUGGGCUGCGCAUGCUCCCAACGGAUUGAGUGGUUCAUUGCCGCAAGGGUUCUCCAGGGAAUAGGGGAGUCCGUGGAACCAGUGCUCUUCGCAGUCGUCCGUGACCAUAUCGCAGACCCCGACGAGCGCUACUCAGUAAUUUCAGUGCUGCAUACGAUGUCCAUUCUCGGUAUGUUGGUAGCACCCACUGUUGGGGCAUGGCUUGCAGGUCUUUUCAACUGGCGCAUCUCUUUUAUGGGGCUGGCCGGGAUUUGGGCCUUCAUGGGAGUCUAUGCCUCGGCGGCAAUCGUGGAAAGCUGCCCAGAUGAGGCCGUCGAAGAGCGGCAUUACUUCCAAGAUUUAUCGCGCAUUCUCAAUUGGCGCUCGAUAAGCUUGCUACUAACAAUGAGCUCCCUCACAGCAGCGAUCUUGACCUUCGAAUCGAACACAAGCUAUGUCACACAGGAAAACUUCGGGAUCUCGAUGACGGCUUCGGCCCUGGUGAUGUUUGCAUACGGAGGUUUUCUCAUUCUGGGUCUCUUGGUGAAGCAGUCUUGUUGCGCUGGCGCCUCAGUUCUGGAGACCUGCAGCACAUCCUUGACGCUUUUGGCCUGCGCCGGCAUCGUUUCGGUACUGCUGGGAUUCUUCUACUCCCAGUUCCUCUGGGCUUACUUGGCAGGAUCUUUCCUGCAGUCCAGUGUGAUCAACGUGGCUGUGAUCGCAUUGAAUGUUCUCUUCAUGGAGCCUCUCGCAGACUGUGCCGGUGUGGCUGCUUCAUGUCAGACUUUCUUCCAGGGUGUGCUCCCCAGCCUUCUUUCGAUGGUCUCGACCCAACUAUUGGUUCAUGGAGGCUUGAAGCUGUUCAUUGGUUUCCAGGCGAGCACAUGCCUCGCAGCGGGGAUCUUCUUCUGGUUGGGCCUUCUUCUGACGACGCAGAGUACGUCGAAGUCGUGUGAGUCCUCGGAGUAG